AUGAAUCUCCCUUCCAUUAGUCGUAUGUCUCUUGCUGGAAACAAUUCCUUCGAUAUGAUGUCAUGGCCAAUCCCUAUGAUCAUCCUUGUGGUCUUAAUCUUGGUCCUAAUCACCCCUUUAAAAUCCUUUUGUAGAGAUAAGAUCUCCUCUCUUCAUUCCUCCCACUUUGACGACAGAGUCAUGUCCCAAAAGUUAAAGAGGAAACUCUCUAGCUUGGGCCAAUACAAUGAAAAAUUGAAAUCUUCUCGUCGUUUAGCCACCAGUACUUCCACUUAUGUUGACACCGUGGGUAUUAACGCGAGACUUGAUUAUUCAAAUACUUUAUAUUUCUCUCGAAGUGGUCAACAAGUAUGUGAAACGACCCAUCAAAUUUCUGAGUACUUGUGGAAGUUCACUCAAGUGGUUGAUCGAAUUCUGGCCACCAUUUCAGAUGUGACAUCAGAUCCCAAUCCUGACCUUGACAAGACAAAGGAAGCAAUUGACAAGAUUACCCGUUUGGUUGGAGAUAUAGAUCCUAUAGAUGAUGGGCAUUCGACUGCACUUGCUUGGUUACGUGUCAUUUAUAUGAGUAUGGAGGCAAUGAAAAGGUAUACAAAUAUACCGGAAGAUGAAGUAACACUGCCCUCGCCACUAGGUGUGGUUGCUAGCGAGGAUACUGACCCUCUCCAUCAUGUGGUCUCCUCGUUACAGGAACAGGCGUGGCCACACCUAGCGACCCAUAUAGUGCAAGCGUGA